UUAUUUUGAAUAUGUCAUGAAGGUUGUUGACGUCAACCACCUGUAUUCCAUGGAGAGAGACGCAAUACUACUAUGAAUAUGCAUAGCCAUGGAGAGAGACGCAAUACUACUAUGAAUAUGCAUAGCAAUCUUGAGACAAUUCCGAUACAGCGUGUUUUCUCAAAGUUCCUGGGAUGUGACGUGUCGUACUUAUAUCAGUACACUAGUAACAACUUAAGCAUUACGAAACUUAUAUUUGAUCAAUAAACCGAAUGUAGCAAACAAGCCAUACAUGUUUUUGCUAACCAAAUUCGAAACUCUCAUUUACCGCCAUACAAAAACUUAUUGGUUGGUUUGCGAAUAAAAAAAACGCCACCUACUGGAGGGAGACAGAUUUUCCGCCGAGUUGGGCCUCUCUUCCUUCUCUGGCAAUAGGUAAUGGCGCAAAGAACUCCGCAAUGGUUCGUUGAACAAAGCCUAUUGGGAAAUAGCGUUUUUGUAGGGUUUUGGAUAAAUGCCCAAAAUAAGGUAUGUGGUAAACACAAGUUUAGGAGCUCUUAUAGGUUUUGUUCAAUUAAAUAAUCUUAAUCAGCUAACGUCACUUUUUGUGAAUUAUGACGCAUUUUAUGUAAUUUAAAAAGGCACAUAAAGCACAAAGCCUUCAUCAAUCAUAAAGGUCAUGAUAAUUGACUGAUAUGAUCUCAGAACAAAACGUAUAAAAUCUCCCAAACCUGUGUUAAUCUCAGACUUUAUUUUCGCUAUAUGUGCCAAAACCCUAUUUCUGUAUAGCAAUGGCUGAACAAACCAGAGGUAGGCUAACUAAUGUCCGGUUUUUAGGACUACAAGCGGGCGAGCUCUAUUGUCAGAGACAGUACAGUAUGGUUUAGAAAUUGUGCAAUUGUUUUAUCUCUGGCGAAACUAGCAUCAGCUGAUUGAUGGAACCAAAACUUUUACAAGCCUGCCCUCUCAUGACAAGUAUGAUAAAAAAAAACAUGCACAUAAACAGAUCUAUAUAACAGUAAGAUAAAUAAGAACAUAAUGUAAUUUAGCCUACGCACUAUUGUACGGAACGCCGUUACACAGUUCUAUUAUAGAAUGUUGUGUGUGCUGAAUUUGCACGUGCAAGCCAAGCGCAACAAUUACGAUCACUGUCACAGCUAUACAGUACCGCGUUGGUAAUAAGGCAUUAUUUGUUCGACCGAAUGGGAAAACGUCUGUGUAAGCAUUCAAUAUUAUUUGAUAUUAGAUCAGGAUCAAAAAUGUUUGCAAAUAACUUUUGGGGUAACUAGCUAGCUUUAGCUUGGUACCUAGCUAGCACCAAUACAACCAGCCUGAAAACAAUGAACAGUAGAAACUGGAGUCAUUUUCAUUAUUCUUAGCAAUGAUUUAGGAAUCCAUGUGAGUAAGUAUUAGCUAGGUAGCCACUUGUUGUUCUCCCAUUGAAAAAAAUAGCUAGCCUGCUACUUAACCCUGUUGCCCAAAACUAACGGUAUAAUCAUCCAGCUAGCUUUAUCUAACUACUAUAUUAUGGCUUGACCGUACCGGGAUAUGUGUUGUGAAGAUAGCCACAAUAGUGGAAUUUGUGGUUCUCCUUUCAAAUAAAAGUCCCUAUUUGAAAGUGAUGCAGAAGGUUACAAUUGGUGAAAUCAUGCCAUAUUUAGACUUGAUAAUGUUAAACAUGGUUGGAGUGUUGGAAUGUGGAGCAAUGAAAUGGGGUAUCAGUCCACUCGGAGACACCCAGAGUGACAACUGUGAAGAGUUUACAGAAAUAUUAGCGUUGUAGCUCAUAUUGCGGGACUUUGACUGUCGGAAAUCACCUCCCCAGUCAGACUAUUGUGCGUUUUGACAUUCAUAUUGCACUGUACAGCCUUACCUAAUGAGGGAUCAAUGAAAUAUGGUAUCAGCCUACUCAGUACCCAAGUGCUUUUCCCCCAAAGUCCUCCUCAAGAGUUAUCAAGCUCCAAAACAUACACAAUGUAUUAUUUUUCCUCUGGAACAGUGUUCAAUACAGAUAGUAUGUUAACUGGUACAAUAAAUGUGGCUCAAUUCACAGUUGUUUCAGAGUCCCGCAAUAAGUGCUAUGUCACUGAUCCACAAUCCAUAGGUAGGCUGUACUGUGAAAUAAGUAUGCCCCCAAUGCAAUUCUAAAGUCUAAUACAUCCAGUGUGAUUUCAACAUUUUUGUCAAAUCAAUAAAUUAUUGUAUUUUGUUGAAUUUUGGCAUAAUUAUACUAUUUGUAUUCAUUUGCAUUACUGUCAAUGACAUUUUAUUUUGAAGGCUAACCGCAAAGUCCACUAUUGUGGCUAAUCCUUAUUGUGGCUAGCUUCACAUAAAUGGGUCCGCCCACCAUUAAUCAAGUAAGAACUGUCUUACAAAUUAGGGUUAUUUUAGAUGAUGACACCUAGCUACUUGAUCUGUAACCCUUAGCUAGCUAACUAUAGCUACUGAAACAUAUUAUGUCGUUUUGCUGUGUUUUUGGGGAAGAACAUUGUUUACAUCCAUCAGCUAGCUAGCGUUUUUACGAUCAGCACUGUCCAGGGAAGGGCAGGUGCGCGAGACAACUAUACCAGUAUCAUAGCAUACAUAUCGAUGAAUCCUUGUGACAUAUGAAAUACGAGUGAUACUGUAAUCAUUGUGUAAUAACUACGUAAAAAAUGUAUGAACGCGAUAAAUUGUUAUGUGACUGCAGUCCUAUUCAGGUCCUGAUUGGUCAACAAGCUUAUUUGACACGUCAAAUAGUGUUCUUUGGAUUGUGUCACUUUUGAAAAGUCAAGACCCAAACGGCGUUCCAUACUAUGUAUGGACUAUUAUUUGUUGGCUAUUAUUUAUGUUUAUAUCAUUUAUAUAAAUACAUUGUAAAGAAAUAAAGAUAAGUGGGCAAAUAUCAAUUUUAAACAUGUACAUUUCAAAAUGCAAAAUGUUCCUGUGCUUGUUCAAUUCUAAGGUACGACUACAUAUCAUGCUAUUUAUGUUUACAAUAAUUAAUAUAACAAUGUUACCGUAAAUGUAUCCUUUUUAUACAAACAUGUUUAUUAUCAUAGGACGGAUUUGCGACUGCGUGAGCUGCUCUGAAAAAACAAACGGGCUUUUUAUUUGAGUGUAACGGUAUCAAAGACUCUGUGGUGUUAUCAACCUGCUGCCACAUAUCAAAUGAAAUCAACAGUUCAUGAUUUUUACCUUCACUUAAAUGAUUUCCAUAUCUCCAGGAUGACUCAUGUUGUACCUCUUGUGUUUGCAUUUUGCUUGGGAGCGGUGGUACCUGCUUUGAGCUACCCGGAGACAGCUUUCGCACCGCCGGUUCAGCCCUGUCUUGCGCCCUUACAAUGGGAGGGCAGAUCCGUUGAAUACAACCACAACACAGGACGAAAUACACGGGCCUCGGUGUCGUAUGAUGCACAGAACCACAGAAUAAGGCUUCUUCAACAGAAUAAAAGACAUACACCAUGCCAGAAAUACUUUGAGUUUAUCUACCUGUACAACAGUGGCCUGCUGUUCCAGAUCGAGCAGAAGACGAAGCAGUGUUCUAAGAUCCCCUUGACCCAGGCCUGGGACCCCUUUGACAUCCCUAUGAACUCCACCUAUGAGGACCAGUACUUUAUCGGUGGACCUGGAGACAUGAUCGAGGUGCAGGAGUGGUCAGAUAGGAAACCGGCCCGCAAAAAUGAGGCGUGGGUGGGCGUCUACACAGUGAAGGACUGCUACCCUGUCCAGGAGACCUACACCAGGAACAGCAGCAUCACUACCUCUACCCGCUUCUUUGACCUCCAGCUGGGCAUCAGCGACCCGGAAGUCUUCACACCGCCCAGCAGCUGCCAGUCAGCCCGCCCAGAGAGGAUGGACUCUGACUGCUGAGGCCUUCACCUUUCCCCUUUGACCCCAUGCUCAUUGACCCCAUGCUCUGUUUUCACAUUUCCCCCACUUUUUAAAUUUUUAAAUUGAACCUUUAUUUAACUAGGCAAGUCAGUUAAGAACUAAUUCUUAUUAGUGCCGGUUUAGGUGUAGGUCCAACUGUCCCGGCAUCCCGGUUAGAGGAUGUAGAAUGACCAGCAGGAGACAGGGAGACAAGGCACACUUUAUUACCAAACACACACACACACAUGGCAAACUGGAAGAGGAGACUAUUAGUAGUGUAAGUGUUGUAGUGGUUGUCUACAAGAGAAGAGCAUGUAUUACAUAAUGGCAUUACAGGCUAAUGACUAUGUAAUAGCAAUGAGGAUGACACGUACUAUAAUGGUCAGGUAUUAGCAUAAGCUAAUGUGGUACACAGUAGGAUACAAUAGUACACUAUGGACAGAGCUACUAGCAUGUAUUAGCAGCUAGGCUAACAGUAUGGCUUACAAAGAGAAGUUUGUAGCAACCAACUAAUGUAGCACACAUUAUGACAGUAUAUACAGGUGGGCUAGCAUAGCAUAGUAUACACAAGAUACAAUUAGUGGCUAGCAUAUGUAAAAUAUACAAGAAAAGCUAGCAUGCUAGGCUAGCAGGCCACAGGCUGUGGGUAGUAGCACACAAUAUAUACAGUGGAGGCUUGUAAGCUUCAGGUUAUAGGUACAGCAUACAGAACUAUGUACAGUAGGGAGGAGUUUGCAUUAGGGUUAGCAGCUAGGAGUUAGCAUGCUAUUUGGCUAACAAUGGACAUCUUGGUAGAGGCUACGAUUCGUAUGAGGAAGUGACCGGAUGUUACCGGUCGGCCAUUUUAGGUGAGCAACUCGAAGAUCUAACUGGUAGCCAUCUUGGGUUCCAUAACAACAAUGAAUGGAUUACUCCUCAUGGCCUGCAUACUGUACUGUAGCCAGAACUAUGCCAAGCCGAUAGAUAACUUGUUUUAAUGUUACAUGGGAUUGCAGACAGAAGUAAUCCUAACAUAACAACUAAUGAAACAUGUAUAAGCAUAUACUAACAUAAUAAUAUCAGCCUAUAACAUGUAAGCAGAUGUUUUGUAGUGAUUUCUAUGUUGAAAAUGUAAAGAAUAUUUGCUUGUCUAUGGUGUGUAAUGAGGAGCAACCAGAUGCUGAAUUUGACAUAUUUAUUAAUUUGCUUGUUCCAGUUCCUAAUAAGCAUGCAUCCAUUAAGAAAAUGACUGUAAAAAUGUAAAUCUCUGUGGAUUGAUGAGGAAUUGAAAAAUGUUAUGGUUGAGAGGGAUGAGGCAAAAAGAUUGACCAAUAUGUCCGGCUGCACAGCCGAUUCGCAAACAUACUGUACAUUAAGAAAUCAUGUGACUAAACGAAAUAAGAAUCUGUACUUUGAAACAAAGAUAAAUAAUAUAAAGAAUGAUAAUAAAAAGCUUUGGAGUACCUUAAAUGAAAUUUGGGGCAAAAAGGCAACCUUGGCUCCAUCAUUCAUUGAAUCAGAUGGCUCACUCAUCACAAAAUCCACUGAUAUUGCCAAGUACUUUAAUGAUUUGUUCAUUGACAAGGAUAGCAAACUUAGGCAUGACAUGCCAACAUCAAAUUCUGAACCUACACAUCCAUUUAUAACUGACAAAAUUAUGAAAGACAACGUUGUAAUUUUGAAUUCCGUAACUUGAAUGUGGAAGAGGUGAAACAAUUAUUGUUGUCUAACAACAAUGACAAGCCACCGGGGUCUGACAACUUGGAUGGAAAAUUACUUAAGGGUGAUAGUGGAUGAUAUUACCACUCCUUUUUGCCAUCUCUUCAAUCUAAGCCUACAGGAAAGUGUGUGCCCUCAGGUCUGGAAGAAAGCAAAAGUCAUUCCGCUACCCAAGAAUAGCAAAGCACUGGUUCAAACAUCCAACCAAACAUCAGCCUGUUACCAACCCUUAGUAAAGUUUUGGAAAAAAUGGUGUUUGACCAGAUACAAUGCUAUUUCACAGUAAAAAUAAUAAUUGGUCUCUUCACAGUCCCCAAAUCCAGAACAGAUUAUGGGAGGUGUACAGUACUACAUAGAGCCAUCACUACAUGGAACUUCCACAUGAAGUUACUCAUGCAAGCAGUACAAUUACAUUAAAAUACACCUUAUGGAACAGCAGGGAAUGUGAAGACACACAGGCACAGACAUAUGGAUACACUCACAUGAUAACAUACGCACACUAUACACAUAUGUACACGUGUGCAUUUUAUGUCGUAGAUAUGUGCUAGUGAAGUAGUGGACUGAGGGCACACACAUAAUGUGUUGUGAAAUCUGUUGUGAAUUGAAUUGUAAUGUUUUUAAAACUGUAUAACUGCCUUAAUUCUGCUGGACCCCAGGAAGUAUGCUGCCUUCAAAUUAAUUUGGGAAGGGUCCAUAAGUGUGUUGAGGUGGAGGACAGAUAGGUGGUUGGCCGAAGCCUUAAAGGGAGGAACAGAUUUUUUUGUAUAUGACAGUAAAACAUUCUUGUGACACAAAUUUGUUGGCCCCUUCAAUUCUUACACAUUUUGUCCUAAAACAUAUAUUCCAACACUCAGCCGCUAAGAAAAAUUUGCUUAACUACUAAACUUAAAACCAAUCAGAACUCCCGUACAUACACCUCGUGAUGAAGGCUAUGCUUCUAUCUAUGAUGUAAACACAGCUUCUUGUGAAAACGUGAGCUGCUGUCUGAUGAAGAGGAACAUUUACAUAGCUAGCUAGCUCCCAGCUCUGUUUUUGAGUGCACUUGAAAUAUGUUGCAUACAAUAUGAAUUGUCUUGACAAUAUGAAGAGGUAGAUCUGUUUACCAUUUAGCCAAUUUAUUGAAAGCUAGCCAAUGUUACAGACAAGCCUACUGUAAAUGUCAACUUGUGUUUCAUUAGCCAUCUCUCUGUCAGUUAAUUAAAUUGUUGAAUCAUGUUUAGGCCUGAUACAUACAGUAUGUCUCAUUUCAAAUAACUAGCUGCAGGCUUAAAGAAACAUAUACUUUGCAUAGAAACCCAAAUAAAAGCAUGUAGAUAGAAA